UAAAUCUACAGAAGCUUGAAAAUGUCUGGACGAGGAAAGACCGGCGGUAAAGCUCGUGCUAAGGCCAAGACCCGCUCCUCCCGGGCCGGGCUCCAGUUCCCGGUGGGCCGCGUCCACAGGCUGCUCCGCAAGGGGAACUAUGCGCACCGGGUGGGAGCCGGAGCUCCGGUGUACCUGGCCGCUGUGCUCGAGUACCUGACCGCUGAGAUUCUGGAGCUGGCCGGGAACGCAGCCCGCGACAACAAGAAGAGCCGCAUCAUCCCCCGCCACCUGCAGCUCGCCGUACGCAACGACGAGGAGCUCAACAAGCUGCUGGGGGGAGUCACCAUCGCUCAGGGCGGAGUGCUGCCCAACAUCCAGGCGGUGCUGCUGCCCAAGAAGACCGAGAAGGCCGCCGGCAAGAAAAGCUUGAAAAUGUCUGGACGAGGAAAGACCGGCGGUAAAGCUCGUGCUAAGGCCAAGACCCGCUCCUCCCGGGCCGGGCUCCAGUUCCCGGUGGGCCGCGUCCACAGGCUGCUCCGCAAGGGGAACUAUGCGCACCGGGUGGGAGCCGGAGCUCCGGUGUACCUGGCCGCUGUGCUCGAGUACCUGACCGCUGAGAUCCUGGAGCUGGCCGGGAACGCAGCCCGCGACAACAAGAAGAGCCGCAUCAUCCCCCGCCACCUGCAGCUCGCGGUCCGCAACGACGAGGAGCUCAACAAGCUGCUGGGGGGAGUCACCAUCGCUCAGGGCGGAGUGCUGCCCAACAUCCAGGCGGUGCUGCUGCCCAAGAAGACCGAGAAGGCCGCCGGCAAGAAGUGAGCAGCGCCCCGGUCCUCACCACCACACAACGGCUCUUUUUAGAGCCACUCACCCUCCCUGAAGAGCUUAUUGUCCCCGUUCGAAACACCAGUUUACCGCUGCAGCACAAAGUCAAUAUCCAAGAUCGUCCAGUGAUCAGCAGGUCAUUCACACUCAGUCACUUCAAUAAACAAUAACAUCGUUAAUUCAAAGACCAAGAUGGAGAAUGAUGGAAGUUCAAUCUUCAACCAGGUGGUAGUGACAUUCAGCUGAUGGGACCUCUGACCUUAUGAACAUCUGUAAAACUCCCAGUUUAGAACCAGAGGAGAACAUAUCUUAGUAGAUGAGAUGUUAGGGACCAGCUCACGUGAGGAACUUGUCCCUUCAGUUACAGACAUUGGUAAAGAGGUGUGUGGACCUGGAAUCAGAAGUUGAACCAGUCUGAAGAUGUCUCCCACACUUCCCAGUAUAUCACCCUCACCCACGUCACACAUUGUAACAACACAGCCAUGAAGAGCUGAUGCAGGUAAAUGAGUGUGGACUUGUGACCUUAAGUAAUAAAGAAGAAAAUCGUAAUCCAAGAUUAUAAUUUGAAACAAAUUAAUAUGAUAAUUACUGUGAUGUUCCGUGUAUUAAAUUUCACGUCAAACCCUGGA